AUGAAGCGGGAGAAUGAGCGACUUCUGACCUUCAUCACGAUGAAUGACCUGAUGCCUGCCUUUGAGAAGUUCCGCCAGUCUCAAGAGGGAAAGGACUGGCGAGACUUCCACAUCAACCUAUCCUACAACUAUGGCACGGAAACAGUGGUGGUUCCUGUUGAGGUGGGACUUCGUUGGUCUGUGCUAAUGGUCAAGGUCAUUGGAUGGCUUCGCUGGCACAUCCCUUUGAACCAUCAGAACUUGACGUUCAAUGGCAACCGCUUGGGUGACGCUUUGGUGGUGCAAGACAUCAACAUGCAGGAGUAUGAGACACUCCACUUGACCAUCACAGGCAUCAUUGGUGGUGGUCGUCCUUCGGUUCAAAAAGCAUUUCUCAAAAAGCCUGAUGCCAUCCGUGCCUUGAAGAAAAAGGCGAGAGACCUGUUCCAGAUGGACGAUGAGAUGGACACACCUGACCAAGAACUCCCUGAACCUUUCCGUGUGUUUCUUCAGCAGAUGGAGACCUCCAUGAAUGAGUUCCUGAUGAUGAAGACAAGGGCGGGGUCUUCAUUUUUGGCGAUUGCACUGAAGCACAUCAACACCGAAGAGCUGGUCACCCUGAAAAGCAUUUUGUCCCCUUCUUCAACUACCCGAGGGAAAAACCUGACCGGUGAGGAGAAGCUCAGCAAGUCCAUUGACCUUCUUUUUCCGUCAAUGCAGACCAUGAAGAAGUGCUCCUCCAAACUUGAGUAUCAUCAGAACAAGACCCUUGUGUGCCUCAUGGACACUUUCAUUGACACCUACCACAACUAUGUUGAGGGCUCUGGUUCCAUCAACAUUGACAUUAGCGGAAUGGCUAAGGUAGUGGAAACAGAGUUGAGCAACCGCACAGUGAGCCAAGUACCCAAUGUGGUUGCUGGUUCUAACUGCUCACUCCAGUAG